AAUUUGACUUCACCCGCACUUCCGGUUUCCGGUCGGCUCCCGCCCCGCUCCGCCAUCAUGAAGUCCUGAACAAAAAGCGAAUGAGGCAGGAAAAGAAAAACAGGGACGGACCUGUCGAUGACAGAAAGAGGCGAAUUAAAUGCAUGACGCCGACGGCGUCAAAAAAUGAUAAAAAUACGCGCGGCAGAGGCGGAAUAUCGGACUGUGGUGUAAAGUGCUCAUCCGUUGUGUUUGGCAAUCAGCUGAUCGAGUCCGUUAACGGUUAACAACAGUAUUAUCCAUUCAGUUAUAUUAUGAACGGACUGAUUACCGGCCGCUGAUCGCGAUCGUUACGUUAGAAGUAGAUGGAUCGCUAUUCAAAUCGAUCGCUUUUUGUGAAGUGAGAAAGGAGAAGAAGAGGCCAGAUUUUCCCCAGCAGGCCGGGAGCUAGCUGACUCUAGCUAGCUACAGUGGAUCCCAUAAACCACGGCGCUGGCCAUGCCAUCGAGUGUGCGGGCUGGGAGUCUCAAGGACCCGGAGGUGGCGGAACUUUUUUACAAGGAGGAUCCUGAGAAGCUCUUCACAGACCUGCGUGAGAUCGGCCAUGGCAGCUUUGGAGCCGUCUACUUUGCCCAUGACAUCCGCACCAAUGAGGUGGUGGCCAUCAAGAAGAUGUCCUACAGUGGCAAGCAAUCUAAUGAGAAAUGGCAGGAUAUCGUCAAAGAGGUGAAGUUCCUUCAAAAGCUGCGGCACCCCAACACGGUGGAGUAUAGAGGCUGCUACCUGCGCGAACACACAGCAUGGCUGGUGAUGGAAUACUGUUUGGGCUCUGCCUCGGAUCUGCUAGAAGUGCACAAGAAACCACUACAGGAAGUGGAGAUAGCAGCGAUUACUCACGGUGCAUUGCAGGGCUUGGUAUACCUCCACUCGCACAACAUGAUUCACAGGGAUGUGAAAGCAGGUAACAUCUUACUGACUGAGCCUGGCCAGGUCAAACUGGGAGACUUUGGCUCUGCCUCCAUUGUUGCUCCUGCCAACUCCUUUGUGGGCACACCUUACUGGAUGGCUCCAGAGGUAAUCCUUGCUAUGGAUGAAGGGCAAUAUGAUGGCAAGGUUGACGUGUGGUCACUCGGCAUUACCUGCAUAGAGCUUGCAGAGAGAAAGCCUCCCUUGUUUAACAUGAAUGCUAUGAGUGCCUUAUACCACAUCGCCCAGAACGAGAGCCCAGUCCUGCAGUCCAAUCACUGGUCAGAUUAUUUCCGUAACUUCGUAGACUCGUGUCUGCAGAAGAUUGCCCAGGACAGACCUACCUCUGAUGUGCUGCUUAAACAUCACUUCCUGUGCCGUGAGCGUCCAGUGACAGCGGUGAUGGAUCUGAUAGCACGCACUAAAGACGCUGUGAGGGAGUUAGAUAACCUGCAAUACCGAAAGAUGAAGAAGAUCCUCUUCCAUGAAACGCAUAAUGGGCCUGCGACUGAGGGGACGGAGGAGGAAGAGGAUGUAGAGCAGUAUAUGUUGCGGACGGGCACGGUGAACAGCAUGGAGAGCUCCCAUUCGCUGCCGUCUAUGUCGAUAAGUGCCAGCUCCCAGAGUUCUUCAGUGAACAGCCUUGCAGAUGGUUCGGAUGACAGUGGAGAGAUGGCUAUGAUGCAGGAGGGCGAACACACAGUGACCUCCAACAGCUCGGUGCUGCACAAACCUCUGAUCCACGAUAACAUCUAUGACGACCCGUACCAGCCGGAGGUGGAGUCCCAGCCCCAGGGCCCCUCUGGUGGUCGCAGACGUCGAGGACGGGACCACUUCGCCACAAUCCGCACAGCCUCGUUGGUGACCCGUCAGAUCCAGGAGCACGAGCAGGGCUCAGCGCUGAGAGAGCAGAUGUCCGGAUACAAACGCAUGAGGCGGCAGCAUCAGAAACAGCUGAUGGCUCUGGAGAACAAGCUGAAGGCAGAGAUGGACGAACAUCAGCUCAGGCUUGACAAAGAACUGGAGACGCAGAGAAACAACUUCGGCAGUGAAGCAGACAAGCUUGGCAAGAAGCACCAGGUCUUCCUGGAGAAAGAGACUAAGGGUGCUCUCACAGAAGAGAAGAAGUUUCAGCAGCAUAUCUUGGGCCAGCAGAAGAAGGAGUUGACCAGCUUGCUUGAGUCUCAGAAACGCCAGUACAGGCAGCGAAAAGAGCAACUUAAAGAGGAGCUCAAUGAGAACCAGUCCACGCCGAAGCGCGAGAAGCAGGAGUGGCUGGUUCAGCAGAAGGAGUGUCUCCAGCAGAUCCAGGCGGAGGAAGAGGCAGGGUUACUACGCAGACAGAGGCAAUAUUACGAGUUGCAGUGUCGCCAAUACAAGAGGAAGAUGCUGCUAUCUCGCCACAACAUGGAGCAAGACCUGCUCAGAGAGGACCUGAACAAGAAACAGACUUUGAAAGAUCUAGAGUGCGCCAUGUUGCUUCGCCAUCACGAGUCGACUCAGGAGCUGGAGUUUCGGCAGCUGGGUCUGGUGCAGCGCACACGGGCCGACCUGAUCCGGACGCAGCACCAGACCGAGCUCACCAACCAGAUGGAGUACAAUAAACGGCGUGAACAAGAGCUUCGGCAAAAGCACGCCGUCGAAGUCCGCCAGCAACCCAAGAGUCUGAGAUCCAAAGAGUUGCAGAUUAAGCGUCAGUUCCAGGACACGUGUAAGAUCCAAACACGUCAGUUUAAAGCUCUGAGGAACCACUUGCUGGAGAACACACCGAAAUCGGACCACAAGGCCGUGCUGAAGCGUCUCAAAGAUGAGCAGACUCGUAAGCUGGCUAUUCUGGCCGAGCAAUACGACCACUCAAUCAACGACAUGCUGUCCACACAGGCUGUGAGUAAGCUGCGAUUGGAUGAGACUCAGGAAGCCGAGUAUCAGGUGCUGAGGAUGCAGCUGCAGCAGGAGUUGGAGCUGCUCAAUGCGUACCAGAGUAAAAUCAAGAUGCAUACUGACACCCAGCACGAGAGGGAGGUUAAAGACCUGGAGCAGAGAGUGUCCAUCCGCAGAGCCCUGCUGGAACAAAGGAUCGAGGAGGAGAUGCUGGCCCUGCAGAACGAGCGUUCGGAGCGCAUCCGUUCCCUCCUGGAACGCCAGGCGUCCGAAAUCGAGGCCUUCGACUCUGAGAGCCUCCGCUUGGGAUUCAGUAGCCUGGCGUUGACGGGCAUCCCCUCCGAGGCUCAUCCCAAACAGGGCUACCCGUCUAGCCAGACCCCCCGUCCAUCCGGCCACUGGAGUCACGGCGGAGCGCCGCAUCCCCACUCCCGCAGGGGUCCGAGCCGGGCCCAAUCCUCUUCCUCAUCGUCCGCCUCCCACGCCUUGGGAUUACCGCGAGACGGGCCUAUGCACCACUCCCCCCGGUCCUCGUCAUCAUCUUCGUCCUCCUCCUCGUCCUCCCAUCACAACCGCCACCACCUUCCCCAGCACUACCAUCACCAGAGCACGCCUCAGCUGUACAGGGAGAGAGAGAGGGAUAGAGAGAGGGAGCGGGAGAAAGAGAAGGAGUGGGGCGGAGGGAGCAGGGGGGACCUCGCACACCCCCACGUCUUCUCCCACCACCUUCCCUCCCGCUCCUCCUCCCAGUCCCUCGCUCUCCUCCCUCCUCCUCCUCCCGCACCACCUUCCAUCACACUGUCGUCCUCGUCCGCCCAGUCGUCCUCGGUUUCUCAAGGAGUCUACGGAGGAGGAGGAGGAGGUGGUGGAGGAGGAGGAGGGCUGGUGGUUCGGGGUCCCAACCUGAUGGCGUUGAGGAACAGCCCGCAGCCCCUGCGCAGAACCGCAUCUGGCGGCGGCCCAGGAGGGUCUGGUGGUGGAGAGGGAGUCCUCAGCCGUAGUACCUCGGUCACCUCGCACAUCUCCAACGGAUCCCACCUCUCCUACUCUUAAGAGAACGGAGUAAGGAGGUCGGGCUUGCUUUGUUGAGUUCCUUCAAGCCAUUACAAUACGAGUGAGAGCACAUUUUACUUGUCCUAUUGCUUUUGUUUUCCCUGCUCGUUGUUGUUUUUGGGGUUUUUUCUUUGUAAAAAAAAAAGAAAGAAGGGGAAACUGGCUUGGAAAAUCACCACUGCCUUCUAGACAUCUUAAAGGGAUGUUGCGCGACUUCUUUAGUGUGAUGGGGAGAAUUUGUACAUGCACACACUACAGUAUGAACACAGAAUGUUUAUAAAGUUCUAUGUCAGUCAGGCUUUAUGAAUACUUUACAUCUAUGGGAGUUGCUCCAAUGCAUGAGAUUAAUGUAGUAAAUACAUUUGUAUUCAUAUGUUAUCCAGUCACAUUUGAGAUGUAAAGGUGCGGUCACGUUAGCGAAGUUUCAGGGAAAUUUCACGGAUAAAAAAAAAGGGUUGAUGUCUGUUGUCAAUAGCGUUACGAUGUAUGAAGCACUGCUCACACAGAAGUCACUUUCAAACUAAGCAGCUUUCUGUUGGUCAGCACUACGUGUGGAAGUUUGUCGCCUUACUCUUUUUUUGCUUUAUGCGAAACUCCUUAAUGCGCAGAUUCCUAUUAGAACGACUGGAUUUUCGCCUGUGAAAUUUCGUCUUGCAACGGUAAAUGUGACCGCACCUACCUUUACAAAAUUGGCUGCAUCCAAAAUUGCAUACUUCCCUAAUAUAUUAGGUGAAAAACAGAACGUGGCCUUAGUAGUAUGUCCGAAUUCACAGUAUUCAUAAAACAGUACUACUUCCGGCGAGAUUAUGGACACUUUACUAUCCCAUGAGGCCACGGGAGAGGAUUUGGGAAUGGCAGUGAACGGACGCAACUGAUGCUGGUAAGGUCACAUGACAAAUGUAGUACUUCCGGAUAACAUUCAUACAUUUUUUAAUGGUUGUGAGUUACUUAU